UAGACUGGUGUACGCGACAGGCCUGGCCAGUGGGGUGUAGACGGGCAUCAGCAGCAGUAAGGCGCCGGGGCCUCUCUCGUCGGCAGUUGCGGCGUGCCUGCGAACCAGCAGGAUGCCUCGCAACCUGGCCACCUCGGCCCUCAUCAAGCCCUUCGUGGUGCUUGCCCUGCCUGGCAUGUACCUCUUCUACAAGUACAACCAGUACAAACGCCAGCAGCAGGAGCAGACCCGCAGAAAGGUCACCGAACGAGAGCUCGCGCACCUCAAUCACAAAAUCGACAAGCUGUUGUGCAAGCUGGAGGAGAACGAACCCGAAAUAGCGACUUCUCAGGAGGACGAGUGCGUGAUCUGCGUGAACGCGCGCGCCACAAUGCAAACAUUCCCGUGUGGCCACCGAGUGGUCUGCCGCAAGUGCUUUGUCAAGACGAUUCAGAUGGCCGUGUCGCAGCGGCUUCUGCCCCUCCGAUGCGUCAUCUGCAGGUCCAAGAUCCUGCGGCUCAAGCAGGGGGUCACCGGUGGAGUCACGCUGCCCACGUCUGCCUCACAGUACUGCAUGGGGGUGGGUGGUAAGUGGGAAGUGCCCGCCUCCGCCUCGCUCUACUCCAUGUCUUCGGGAACUUCUUCACUCUCAGGAAUGUCUUCCGUGAGUUCCGCGACCAACAGCAGCGUCAGCUCGACUCGCUCCAGCAAAGCCUCCACUUCUUCGAGCAGCAGUGGGCGACAAUAUGUUUACCGACAGCCAGCGGGCGCCUCCCUAAAACGGUCCCAAACGCACCAAAUGAAAAUGCGACUGCAAGAGUACAAAGACCCGUCGGCGGCGAACUCCUCUUCAGGGCCCUCUUCCCUGAACAGUGUGGCGAGCUCGUCGGCAGGGUCGACCUCAACGGGAGGACGCCUGCCACCCAUUCAGGAAUUCCAGCGAGAAUUCAGAGCCAGCAGAGAAAAGUCGAGCGGAAAGGAGAGGCCUUCAACGUCCACGAGAAUCAGGUGCGCACAAAAAAUUGUCACCCAACUGGAAAACCCCGCGCCUGCGAAGAAAUCAUCGUCGUACUUCAGGUCAAGAUCGCCGGCGAAAGGGGCAAAACCGAAGGACCCAAAUAAGAGAAAGGAGGAAAAAGAGUUGAAGCGGAAGGAGAAGGAGGAAAAGGAGAACAAGAGGAAGGAGGAGAAGGAAAAUAAAAGGAAAGAGGAGAAGGAGAACAAGAGGAAAGAAAAGGAAGAGAAGGAGCACAACAAGAGCAAAGGCAAAAGCACCAAAGAAGCGGCUGCUGCUAGUACCGACUGAGCCUUGAAAAUGCAAUCCUCUGCCUCGAAACCCUUUUGCUAUAAGUCGAGUAGGUUUUUAGAUGUGUAUCACCCCCUCCCCCUCCCACACCCGUGUUUAUGUCAUCCUGCGUCGCGCGUUCACCCUUUUUUCUCGCCCGGCAGAUAAUCAGCGCUGGUUUGAGAAACGCGUCCUCUGGAAGAAUUUCGGUUUUCAUAGUGAGACGCUUGAAAGAGUCGCCCCUUUGCUCAAACUGCGUUUUCAGAUUGGUGCACAUACCGCACGACUCCAGCCGGUCGAAUUUGACACAUUUAAUUCUGCGCCCGCGCGCGCGAAAAACAAGCUAGGGAGACAGAGUGCGUAAAUUUAAUAUUAUUUCGCAGCCACAAGAGCAAUAAAAUGCUGAGCAAGGCCCCAUUCUGCGUAGCGGUGGGUUCCAUAAUUACACACGUAGUGAAUAAUGAAGGAGGACGGCAGAUUAUAAUUACACACAUGAAUACUAAUGAUAAUGUGCUUGCGGCAAAUUUUAUAGUCAAUUUUUCUACACACACAAUCUCAGCAAGAAACAUGCGCACACAGCGUCAGCAGAUUUGAGCAGAUCCCCACGUACACGGUUAAAUUAUGUGUAUGAAAAAGUGAAAAAAGUCACUAACUGUAAGCAGCGAGCGAAAAGAUAAGCAGGAUCAACAGAUUUAAUAAAGCGCGCAUACCGGAUUCUAGAACGAGGAUUAAAAAUGCUAAACUACGUCAUAUCCCUAAAUGUACACAAAUAAUCAAAAAGAGAAACUCGUAUAUGAAAGAAGUAUCAGAAAAUUUACGGUAGGCUACGUGGUUUUUACCCUAGUAGCUUAAUUUUAUACAUCGCAGAAAGCUGCUGAGUAUUUUAAAAUUUAAGAGAAGAAACAUUUGAAACUCAAACGAAAGUAUUUAAAGUAUGAGAAUAUAAAAGUUGCCAAUAUAUUUUGAUUUUCUAAAAUGAAAUAAUUAGAGUAAUAAUAAACUGUAAAUUGUUGGAGUCCUUAAACUUUGUAACGCCGUAGGUGAGCGUCGUGCGUUUAAAGUUUGUUAAUAGGAUGAAACGAGAACGAUUUUGAUUUCCAAUUUUGCGAAGGAAGCAGAAACAUCACAGGCUGUUUUACUCUGUAGUAGUUAUGUCCGAGAAAAUCCCUGUAUAGUAGAAGAGCAGUUCUGGUGUCUCCCUGGUAGAAAAUUACGAAAUUAGGGCUUUGUUGUGCGAACGGAGAUUAAAACGCGUACAAUUCAAUGCAGAAAACGAUAUGAUGAUUAUUAGAAUUUUCAUGGGAAAUCACUGUUUUAGAGAGAGGUCAAUGUCAGAGUAAAAUACGCAAUGUGUGUAUUAUAGUCAUCAGUUUAAGAGCUAUAUUUGAUGUCUCUAACUAGGUGCAAACAUUCUUAUGAUUAUGUUCUGUUGAAAUUACACGCCUUUUUAAAAAGUUUUUCAUUUACUUAAAUUAUAAUCCAAUCGAGUUUCCGUGAGUUUGCUCUCAUUUUUUUUAAAUUUGAAUCGAGCAGUGAUGUCGCUAUGAUCGUUUAAAUUUAGGAAAGACCGGAAGGGUUAUAGAGAUCAUGAAAUGAAUUUAAAAUGCAGUCUACCAGCAUGCGUAAAUUUAGAAUGCUCAAGACGCAAUAAAAACAAAAUUCCACUCAAAGUAUGCGUAUAUAGCGUUAAAAAGUUCUGACGUCCGUUUUUCUCGAUUAAAAUAUCGUCUCUUUCUCUCUAUCCCGUAGGAGAAAAACCUAUGAUAAUUUCCGUAGGACAGCGUAGUGAAAUCUGUUUUUCCUCUACGAAUCUUUCAGAAAAAUAGCUCGAGCAAAAAUGUAUAAGAAUUAUUCAACGUGUAAAGAAAGAAAGUAACUGUCGUUCGGCAAUAAAAUUACUCAUGUUAGAAUAAGAUAGAGAAAAAUUCCACAUAUAAAUACACCACCAACAUAUAUUUGUAGUUUACAGUUAGCUCGUGCGAUAUAUUAUAUUGUUAAGUACUCAAGACUAUAGGAAAAGAGAUAAUAAUAUUAUCCCUCCCAAAGUAAUUGAUUGAUUGUCGUGAACGCGUCCCUCUCGUCCUAAUUCAAAAUUCCCACGACUAUUUGCUGUCGCAGUGGUGUUGUGUGGGCGAUCGAGCAAUUGAAAGCGUGACUGAAUUCCUCUCUCAACAUAUCUCUGCGUAAAUUCACGAAAUAACGAGACGUGAGAGAGAAAAGGAGGAUUUAUAGUUUUACUCUGAUAACCUUUUCAUGUUCCUAGUUUCCUUUGAUUCGCUUGCAGCAUUUUCGUGCUUUUUGUCUUCCACCAUUCCAAAAAUCUAACAAUGCAACCCCACACGUUGCGCAUUUUCAAGAAAAACAAGAGGCGUUUAAGUCUUCCUUAUUUUUACACUCUCAUGAUCUAAAAAGAAUAAGGAAAUAUCGACCCCCCCUGCCUCCAGAUGGCUCACUAGCAAAUUGUUCUAUUGGGAUUUUUCAUUUUUAAUGAAACACUAUAGGUCCCGAGUUUGCUUUUUAGCACCACUCAUGCAUUAACAGCCAGUUUGCGGUUAUAUUUUUUGAUAAAAUCGAUAAAUAAUAAACUUGGAUGCUUCGACCGCUCGGCAUCUAGUUAAAUGAACUCGUUGAGUUGUUAUAUACAAAUUGUGUAACAUCAUGCUACGUUGCCUACGAAUUAAUUAUCAUGAGAGUGCAUGCAAGGAAAAGAAUGCAUUAGAGUGAAUGCUCCAUGCCAGCGAAAAUAGUUUCGAAACAAAAACUGUAUCUCAUGUAACACUAAUGAAUCAUAAUAGUAAAGACGGUGCUAUAAUGCAUAACGUGCCAAAUACAUGAAGUUGUAGAUGACAUGAUUGCAGAAUAAAGUAAAAAGAAAAAUAUCA